AUGUGUGAGCAAGCAGCGCGCUACUGCAGGGACGGCGUCCACAAACUGCUCCACAAAGAACAACCCAAACUCCGGGCACAAGACAGUAAAGACCAGCCCAAAGUCGGGGCUCAGGACAGCGAGACAGCGACGGCUGCACAGUCCGGAAACAGCGGUACCCAGCCCGGUGGAAUAGACGGGCUUGUCCGCUGGAUAGUCACCAAGAUGAGCGACAACAAAAGCAUCUCUACCCGGGAAUAUGUGAAGGAGGAGGCGGCGGUUGCCCAGGAGCAGUUCUUCGCACCGGAGCCACGUAAAGGCAUCUCUGUGAUACUUGAUAUCUUCCGGAGAGCAGAUAAGGAUGACGACGGGAAACUCUCUCUGGAUGAAUUUCAGGCGUUCUUCUCUGACGGUACUCUGAAUGAAGAAGAGCUGGAGAAACUGUUUCACACCAUUGACUCUGAUAACACCAGUAAUGUUGACACCAAGGAACUCUGUGACUACUUUGCCAAGCACAUGGGUGAUUAUGAGGGAGUGCUGGCCUCACUGGAGACUCUGAACCUGUCUAUUCUGAAAGCAAUGGACUUCACCAAGCGGGUAUAUGAGAGGGGAACCAAUAUUGAACAGUUUGUGACGCGUUUCCUUUUGAAGGAAUCAGCCAAUCAGAUCCAGUCUCUUCUUAACUCUGUGGAAAGUGCAGUCGACGCCAUAGAUGAGCAGCAUAACCAAACGGGAUCCUACCAGAGUAAGACCAGUCCACGUGUGGCGGAGAAGUGCUAUGAGAGUCCAGUACCGGAUUAUCCACCCAACAACAGAGUCAGUGCCAAAGACGCCGUGAAGAACAUCAGUGCAGGGGCAGGCGCUGUGGAGGGAAGGAAAGAGGGCCUCGAAGCGCAGAUCAACCGACUGGCCGAACUGAUUGGACGCCUGGAAAACAAGACAGUAUGGUUUGACCUGCAUCAGCGGCUAACAGACACUGAUGGGACGACCAGUGCCUCACUCUACCUGAUUCGCCAGGAGAUGACUGUAUCCCAGAAGCAUCUUGGAGAGUUCUGUGAAGCCCUAAAACAGUACCUGAAAAAUGUCUCUGCCCAGAGAGACUGCUUCCAUGUUACUGCAGUGCGACUGCCGGAUGGGCUGUCCUUCGUUGUGUAUGAAUUUUGGGACGGGGAGGAAGAGUGGAAAAGGCAUCUCCAGACCAGUGCCUGCAAGGCCUUCCAACAUGUGAAGGUGGACACCCUGAGCCAGCCUGAAGCCGUGUCCACUGUGGCUGUCCCAGCCGCCUGGUGCAGCCUGAGCAGAGACUGA